AUGUCCUUUAAUGAGGUCGAGCGGUUCCAAGUGACAAUUCCAUUGUCCAUCCAGUUCGAGUCCAAUCUAGAGGGGGUCCAUGUCAUCGGCGUGUCCAUGCCAGAUGAACGUGUGUCUAUCACGGGAUUAGACGAUGAUUCACCAGCAACUGCGCAGGUAACCCUUGAGCCUGAUGAUAAAGUUUGGCCAGAUGGAUUACAAGACCUCGGCCUCGUCGCCGCAAGCGAGUCUCUUGACUGUCCGGAUUUCUCUCACAUGAAUUAUUUCACACUACACGAAGACCCUCUCAUCAUUUACAUUCCCAACUUCGUUUCUCCUGAAGAGAUUAACCACUUGUUAGAGUCUACCAAAGACAGCUUCACUCCAUCUUUGGUCUACCGACAGGGAAUAAGCAACAAUGACGAAAAGCAUCGGAAAUCGGAGAACGCAUGGCCUGCACGGGACGAGAUUUUGCAAUGUAUUGAACAAAGAGCAGUCCGCUAUCAGAACCAGGAGUCUAAGCUGCUCUUGGAACCCUUGUCUCUCCAGAGGUACCAUGAAAAUGGCUUCUUUUCCUAUCACCAUGACCAAUUCGACUCGCCACCCAAUCGCAUGAACCGCUAUUCGACUUACAACAUCUUCUUGCAAGGUGACUGUACUGGUGGUGGCACUCACUUCCCUCUGAUUCCCCGACCGAAUGAAACCGCCUGGUGCCAGUAUAUUGACUGUGACGAUCCCAAGCCUGGUGUCACCUUCAAGCCAAUUGCCGGCAGCGCCGUCUACUGGGUUAAUAUUCGAGAGGAUGGACACGGGUACCCAAAAACCAUGCAUGCUGGUCUGCCCGUGGAAUCGGGAACUAAGGUUGGCAUGAACAUUUGGAGCUGGAAGGAUACGAGAGAGGAAGUUGUUCAGGAUCAAACUUUGCAUGUACAGUAA